AUGGCCAGCAGUGACAUCGGACGUAAAAAGGUGGAAAAAAGGAACCGGCCACCUGUUUCUUGUGAGCCAUGUCGAACCAGAAAACUGAAGUGUAACCGAGGUUCACCAUGCGAUUCCUGUAUAAGACGGGAUAAGGCCUCACUUUGUAACUAUGCGGCCAAUGCUAGUCGAAGCGAGCCUAGUAAUAACAAGCCGCGCGACUUGAAAGAUAGACUUAAUACUCUAGAGAAUUUGGUAUCCUCUUUACUGUCCGGUGAUGCUGUGGUUCGGCCGGGACUGACUACAAGAAGACAACUUACCACAAAAGACGCCGAGGAUAUCACAUCACCAGCAAUACAUUACAAUAAGUCCGCAAAUCAUGAUUCGAGUUUUACGAGUCAAAGCGCACGAGAAGAUGCCCUUACCCCUGAGACACCCCACCUUCAGGAAACCGCGGAUGGUCAAGUGAACUAUAUCGAUCCUAGCCACUGGCUAUCCAUCUUGGACGAUAUAAAAGAGGUCAGAGAGCACUUAUUGGCAUCAAAUCAGCCUAUAUCACAGAAUGAGAAAGGGUUCGCCACAGAUCACGUAGUAUUAGACGCUAGUUUCUUGCUAAGCUCAGACCAAAUUUCGAGUCUCGACGAGAUUCUGAGCUCGUUACCAUCCCAACCCAUCUGCGACAUGUUGCUUUCUUGGUACUUCGGAUCCCGAUUCAUGGUCCUAGGCAUUAUACACCCGGAUAAAUUUCAAAGCGAAUAUGCUUCAUUUUGGGAGUCACCAUUAACGAUGCCACCGCUCUGGGUAGCCCUUCUUUUCUCUGUUCUCAGUGUUUCGGUUAGCUUGCGAAAGGUAUCGAACAUAAGAGAGCCCGAUGGGUUAAUCCCUCAUAUAACUGCGGCGUCGAUAGCUGCUACUGCGGCCGGUCUCACGUAUCUCGACGGCAAAUUCCAUCUGCGACAGGAUUGGCAGAAUAUCCGCGCAAAAAAGCAGGGCACGAAGCUCCUUCAGAAAGCUGUCCGAGAAAAGCGCAUCUCGUCCUACUACUUCUUCGAGAAGCAUGCUCAGACCAAACCCAGUAAGGAGUGCAUCUGGUCGCGCCAGGGCAACUUCACUUAUGCCGAGACUUACUACCGCGUCAACCAGUACGCUCAGUGGUUUUCACAAAAUGCCGGUGUCAAGCCUGGUGACCUUGUUGCCUUCUUCAUGGCCAACAGCCCCGAAUUUGUCUUUGCUUGGAUGGGUUUAAUAGCUAUCGGUGCAGCUCCAGCCCUCAUUAACCACAACUUAACUAAACAGGCUCUACUGCACUGUCUGGGCAUCUCCGAAGCGAAACUCAUACUGGCUGAUGGCGCACCUCAGCUAUUGGAACGUCUCGAUGCCGUUAAAGAUGAGCUGGCUGCGCAAGGGGUGAGUAUUGUGAAUCUGGCUGAUGUUAAACACGAAGUCAACGCGACCAAGGGCGAGCGGCCAUCCGAUGAGCUACGCGAGAACGUCCGGCCUGACUCGCCGUUUGGUCUGUUUUAUACUAGCGGCACAACCGGAUUACCCAAAGCUUGCAUGCUGCCCGCGGCGGCCAGCUUCGGAUACGGCGUUAGUAUGGACUGCGGUUUCUCAUAUGUUAAGGGCGAUGAUCAACGCUACUACGAUUGUAUGCCUCUAUAUCACGGUACAGGAGGUAUUAGUGGCAUGACGCAGCUGUUGACCGGUCAGACGCUAUGCAUCGCGCCCAAGUUUAGCGUCUCAGGGUUCUGGGAUGAUAUUCGAGAUAGCAGAGCUACGUGGUUCGUCUACGUCGGCGAGACACUACGAUAUCUACUAGCAGCACCGCCGUCACCACGCGACAAAGAACAUAACGUACACUCCAUCUACGGCAACGGCCUGCGUCCGGAUGUCUGGAAGCCAUUCCGCGACCGUUUCGGUAUCGACACCAUCUUCGAGUUCUUCAACUCGACUGAGGGUAUCAUGCCGCUAGAUAACCCAGCCCGGGGUGACUUCCGCGCCCAUGCUGUCGGUCACCAUGGUUUCCUUCAGCGAUGGCGUUUCUAUAACGUCUUCGUGCCAGUUGAAAUUGACGUCGAUACAGGGGACAUCGCGCGAGAUCCCAAAACGGGAUUUGCGCGACGCGUCCCUUACUCGGUCGGCGGCGAAAUACUUGUUACGCAGCCGCCUACGAUUACACCGUCUUUCCCAGGGUAUUACCGCAAUGAAGAAGCAACAUCGAAGAAAUACGUGCGCGACGUAUUCCGUAAAGGUGAUUUAUACUACCGAACGGGCGAUGCGCUGCGGCGAGAUGAUGAUGGGCGCUGGUUCUUCCUAGAUAGGUUGGGUGAUACAUUCCGUUGGAAGGGAGAGAACGUAUCCACGGCCGAAGUGUCCGAAGUACUUGGUCGAUUCCCGGGUGUAAGUGAAGCGACCGUGUAUGGUGUAUCUCUACCGAACCACGACGGAAAGGCCGGCAUGGCGGCUAUUUUCAUUGACCCGGCCGUCAAGACUUUUGACUAUAACGGAUUGCUGAAACACGCCCGUGCCCACCUCCCUAAGUAUGCCGUACCCAUCUUCGUGCGCCGCAUGUCCGCGCGCUCCGCUACCCACAACAACAAGCAAGAUAAGGUUCCGCUCAAGCGCGCCGGCGUCGACCCAGCUCAGACUGUGCCUGACCCUGUCUUCUGGGUUCCCGACCACGCCAAGGGCGGCAGCGCCUAUGUACCCUUUACGCAGCAGGACUGGGACGCGCUGAAAGGUGGUCGGGCCAAGCUAUGA